AUGAAGCAGCGGAGAGUGGGCGUCCUGGAAGGCCGCGGGUACAAAGCGGACGGGCGGCACGUCCGCGGUCACCGCCCGAGGGCCACGGUGCCGGGAGCCAGGGAGACCCUGCGCCUUCAGGAGAGGGAGGGCUGCCCGCAGGCCGUGCACGCAUUGGUCUCCUGGCUCCUGACCCAGGACGGUGCGGCCAUCCUGGGCUUCUGGAGGGUGCUCUUCAAGGACUACAACCUGGAGAGAUACCCCCGGCUGCGGCCAGUGCUGGACAGCUUCCCCAGAGAUGUGGACCUCAGCCAGUCCCGGAAGGGGAGGAGGCCCCCGGGCAGCCCCAAGGCCUCAGCGCUGCUGCCCAGACCCCCCACCAAGAAGAAGCCCCCGGAGGAGGCACGGGCGGCCCCUUCCUUGAGGGGCACCCCUAGCCCAGCUUCCCACGCCAAGAUCAAGCCCUGCAGGAAGCCCGAGAGCAGCUCGGAGCAGCAGCGUCUCCCGCUGGGGAGCGGAAUUCAGGCCGUGUCCGCCACGGUGCACAGAGCGGUGGCCGUGUCCUCGGAGGACGUGCCGGGGGCCCGCGGGGCCUUGGAGGGGAUCCUCAUCCAGCAGGUGUUCGAGUCAGCCGGCUCCCAGGGGCGCCCCCAGGUGGGGGGCGAGUUUUACGCCCCCAGCAAGUUUGAGGACCGGGGCGCAGGGAAGAGCAGGACCCGCGGCGGUGCCCGCUGGGGACCGGGGCGCUGCCGCAGUGUGCUCUGUGGGCGCGCGUCCCCCCACCCUCACGCGCACCCCCAGAAGAACGAGGACGAGUGCGCCGUGUGCCGGGACGGCGGCGAGCUUAUCUGCUGCGACGGCUGCCCGCGCGCCUUCCACCUGGGCUGCCUGCGCCCGCCGCUGCGGGGUGUCCCCAGCGGCACCUGGAGGUGCUCAGGCUGCGUCCAGGGACCAGCGCCGAGGAACCUGCUCCAGGCUGAGGCCCCGCCCCCCGCGCAGCCGGCAGACACCCCGGUUCUGCUGGGUCUGGAGUCUGCGGGCGAGGAGGCCAGGGGCCUGCCCGGGCAGCCCCCCGCCGGCGUGGACGCCGACGCCACCUACCAGCACCUGCGGGCCCCGCCCCCCACAGCGCCCCUGCGGGGGCUGGACCCCUCCACGCUGCGCCCCCUCCUGUGUCUGGGCCCCGAGGGGCCGCAGCCUGCCGCUGGCCAGACGCGGCUGUGUCCCCGGAAAUCUGAAGAAAAGCUGGACCAGAGCAGCUGGCACCAGCCCACGGCCUGCGACUGCCCCCGGCUGCCCAUCAGUAGAGGGCACGCCCCAGGGCCGCCCCUGCCCCGCCGGGGGCCGGUGACCCCCCCCCCCAGUCUUCGCUGA